AUGGUCCUGGCCACAUGGCUGCUCCCAGCGCAGGCUGCAGGGCCGGUCUCAGCGCUGGUCCUGGUCGCAUGGUUGCUCACAGCACCAGGAUGGACCCUGGCAGCAUGGCCUGGUCGUGCCAUUGGGAAAGGGACUGGUAGGCUCCACCAGGAAGGGGCCCAGCCGGCCCCCUCACCACUCCUCGGAGUUAGAAAAAAUAACUGGCCACCUCUUCCUGAGAAUUUUCCAGUACGUCCGUGUUUCUACCAGGACUUUUCUGUAGACAUUCCUGUAGAAUUCCAGAAGACAGUAAAGAUCAUGUACUAUUUGUGGAUGUUCCAUACAGUGACACUGUUUCUUAAUAUCUUUGGAUGUUUCGCUUGGUUUUACAUUGAUGCUACACGAGGGGUUGAUUUUGGAUUGAGUAGUCUCUGGUUCUUGCUUUUUACCCCUUGUUCCUUUGUCUGCUGGUACAGACCACGUUAUGGAGCUUUCAGGAGUGACAAUUCAUUCAGGUUCUUUGUGUUCUUCUUUGUAUAUAUCUGUCACUUUGCUGUUCAUGUACUUCAAGCUGCAGGAUUUCAAAAAUGGGGAAACUGUGGGUGGAUUUUGUCUCUCACUAGUCUUAUUAAGAGCAUCCCUGUUGGCAUUAUGAUGACAAUCAUAGCUGCACUUUUCACAGCAUCUGCAGCUAUUUCAUUAGUUAUGAUUAAAAAGGUGCAUGGUCUCUACAGCACUACUGGUGCUAUUUUUGAGAAAGCACAGCAGGAGUUUGCAACAGGAGUGCUGUCCAACAAAUCUGUACAAACUGCUGCAGCCAACGCCACAUCAACAGCAGCAACCGGUGCAGCUCAGAAUGUGUUCAAGGGUAUGUAUGUAUAUACAUUCUCUGAAUGGUGCGGCAAUCAGGAUGUUGUCCAUGUACUGGAUGAUGGUCGCAGUCGAGUUGCUAUGACGGAUCGGUGCUAG